GGCUUGCGCUGAAGCUCAGCAAGGCCGGCGGCCAGUCUCCGAACCUGCAGCAUUAAGGCUGCAGUCAACAGUGCCAAGGCAGCGGGUGGGCGACCGACUGGAUAGCCAGACAGACUUCCUUGCUGGCUGGCACCUGUUUGGUCUGCUGUGCUCUGUGUCAGCCAUGGCUGCUAGUUCCCAACAGGAAGUCUUGCUGGCUGAGCAAACUCGUGACCCUGGAAAUAGCAGCUAAGUGUCUGGGAUGCUGACACGAAGCCCUUGUGUUCCCAGGUCCUGAGCAGCCCCACCCGCCAUGGACCCAGACCCCCAGGCGGGCGUCCAGGUGGGCAUGCGCGUGGUGCGCGGCGUGAACUGGAAGUGGGGCCAGCAGGACGGCGGCGAGGGAGGCGUGGGCACGGUGGUGGAGCUCGGCCGUCACGGCAGCCCCUCAACCCCCGACCGCACGGUGGUUGUGCAGUGGGACCACGGCACCCGCACCAACUACCGCGCAGGCUACCAGGGCGCACACGACCUACUGCUCUAUGACAACGCGCAGAUCGGUGUGCGCCAUGCUAACAUCAUCUGUGACUGCUGCAAGAAGCACGGGCUGCGGGGCCUGCGCUGGAAGUGCCGCGUCUGCUUCGACUAUGACCUCUGCACACAGUGCUACAUGCACAACAAGCAUGACCUCGCCCAUGCCUUCGAGCGCUACGAGACUGCCCACUCGCGCCCGGUCACGCUCAGUCCCCGCCAGGGCCUCCCGAGGAUCCCACUGAGGGGCAUCUUCCAGGGAGCGCAGGUGGUGCGGGGCCCUGACUGGGAGUGGGGCUCGCAGGAUGCCUGCCGGUGGGGAUGCUGUCUCCCCAGGAGGGGAAGGGAAGCCAGGCCGCGUGGUGGAUAUCCGUGGCUGGGAUGUAGAGACGGGCCGGAGCGUGGCCAGUGUGACGUGGGCCGAUGGCACCACCAACGUGUACCGCGUGGGCCACAAGGGCAAGGUGGACCUCAAAUGUGUGGGCGAGGCGGCCGGAGGCUUCUACUACAAGGAGCACCUUCCCAGACUCGGCCGGCAGAGCUGCAGCGCAGGGUGAGUGCUGAUGGCCAGCCCCUCCCGCGCGGGGACAAAGUGAAGUGUCUGCUGGACACGGCCAUCCUGAGGGAGACGGAGGAAGGGCAUGGCGGGGGGAACCCCAGGACGGUAGAGCACAACUCCUUCUGGGUGGGCGAUGUGGUGCGGGUCAUUGGUGACCUUGACACUGUGAAGCAGCUGCAGGCCGGGCAUGGCGAGUGGACAGAUGACAUGGCCCCUGCCCUCGGACGCAUUGGGAAAGUGGUGAAGGUUUUCAGAGAUGGUAAUCUGCGUGUGGCAGUCGGUGGUCAGCUGUGGACCUUCAGCCCCUCCUGCCUGGUGGCCUACCGGCCUGAGGAGGACGCCAACCUGGACGUGGCCGAGCGCGCCAGGGAGAACAAAAGCUCCCUGAGUGUCGCCCUGGACAAGCUGCGAGCCCAGAAGAGUGCCCCAGAGUGCACAGGGAGAUUGGUGGUGGAAGUGGCCCUGGGCAGUGUGGCCCGGGCCUUAGACCUGCUGCGGAGGCACCCAGAGCAGGUGGACACCAAGAACCAGGGCAGGACUGCCCUGCAGGUGGCUGCCUACCUGGGCCAGGUGGAGCUGGUGCAGCUGCUGCUGCGGGCACGGGCGGGUGCAGACCUGCCAGACGAGGAGGGCAACACCGCACUGCACUAUGCCGCCUUGGGGAACCAGCCUGAGGCUGCCCGGGUGCUCCUGAGCUCAGGGUGUGGGGCCAACGCCCUUAACAGCACCCGGAAUGCAGCUCUGCAUGUGGCUGUGCAGAGGGGCUUCCUGGAGGUGGUGAGGGUCCUGUGUGAGCAUGGCUGUGACGUCAACCUGCCCGAUGCCCAUGCCGACACACCCCUUCACUGUGCCAUCUCAGCGGGCACCGGUGCCAGUGGCAUUGUGGAGGUCCUCACCGAGGUGCCAGGCAUUGAUGUCACUGCUACCAACAGCCAGGGCUUUACCCUGCUGCACCAUGCAUCCCUCAAGGGCCACACGCUAGCUGUCAGGAGGAUUCUGGCACGGGCACGGCAGCUGGUGGACGCCAAGAAGGAGGACGGCUUCACAGCAUUGCACUUGGCCGCUCUCAACAACCACGGGGAUGUGACCCAGGUUCUCAUCCGAGAGGGCCGCUGUGAUGUGAAUGUGCGCAACCGGAAGCUCCAGUCACCACUGCACCUGGCUGUUCAGCAGGCCCACGUGGGGCUAGUGCCCCUGCUGGUGGACGCUGGCUGCAGUGUCAACGCUGAGGACGAGGAGGGGGACACGGCCCUGCAUGUGGCACUGCAGCGUCAUCAGCUGCUCCCCCUGGCAGCCGACCAGGCUGGGGGGACCCCAGGGUCCUUGCAGCUGCUGUCCAGGCUACAGGCUUCGGGCCUCCCAGUCGGCGCGGAGAUGACGGUGGGCGCGGCGGUCGCCUGCUUCCUGGCGCUGGAGGGCGCGGACGUGAGCUACGCCAACCACCGCGGCCGGAGCCCGCUGGACCUGGCCGCUGAGGGCCGCGUGCUCAAGGCCCUGAAGGGCUGCGCCCAGCGCUUUCGGGAGCGGCAGGCGGGCGGCGGCGGGGCCACGGCCCCGGGCCCGAGGCCGGGACUCAGCACCCCCAACACCGUGACGAACCUGCACGUGGCCGCGCCGCCAGGGCCCGAGGCCGCAGAGUGCCUAGUGUGCUCCGAGCUGGCGCUGCUGGUGCUGUUCGCGCCGUGCCAGCACCGCACGGUGUGCGAGGAGUGCGCGCGCAGGAUGAAGAAGUGCAUCAGGUGCCAGGUGGUCAUUUGCAAGAAGCUGCGCCCAGACGGCACAGAGGUGGUCCCCGCGACCCCCGCGGCAGGCCCGCCGCGGCAGCUGGUGGAGGAGCUGCAGAGCCGCUACCGGCAGAUGGAGGAGCGCAUCACCUGCCCCAUCUGCAUUGACAGCCACAUCCGCCUCGUGUUCCAGUGCGGCCACGGCGCGUGCGCGCCCUGCGGCGCCGCGCUCAGCGCCUGCCCCAUCUGCCGCCAGCCCAUCCGCGACCGCAUCCAGAUCUUCGUGUAGCCCCCGCCCCGCCGCCUGCCGCGCCCCGGCCUCGUCCCGCCCUCGCAGUCGCGGGCGCCCACCCUGAGUUUUAUAAAAGGAUUCUCGGACUUCA